CUAGCAGAGAAACUCCACCAGAUUUACGGGCUCCCGACAUCUGGGCGAGAGACGGCUCCACCAACAGCCGACCAACUUACGCUCCGAGCCGGAGGAGAACGCCGCCGAGCCUCCGGUCCGCACCGAGCCAGGCAGGCGCUGUGGCGGAACCCAAGCGCAAAACCCGGGACAGGCUGGAGCAAGGAGCGCUGCCCGACUCUGACCAUGAGCUGAGAUGACACUCCAGUGAACCACACACUUACACUCACACACACGCACACAUACAUACAUACACACCGUGACUUUCUGAAAACAGCGUCCAAGAAAAAUCAACAACAACAAGAACCAGAAAAUCGGAGAGAUCCACGCAACUUCACGACCACCGGCCACUAUGUACCGUUCCACUAAAGGAGCUUCCAAAGCUCGGAGGGAUCAGAUCAACGCAGAGAUCAGGAACCUGAGGGACUUGUUGCCCAUCUCCGAUGCGGACAAGGCUCGCCUCUCCUAUCUACACAUCAUGUCCCUCGCCUGCAUGUACACGAGGAAAUCCGUCUUCUUCUGUCCAGAUGUAACUGAAGCUAGUGGAGCUGAGGAAAGCCAGAGAUUCUUAUCAUUCCACGAGCUCUCAGAACUGUUGCAAGCCAUGCCAGGUUUUGUGCUGCUGCUGACCGGUGAGGGGAAGCUACUUUACCUGUCGGACAGCGUCUCUGAGCACCUCGGACACUCAAUGGUAGAUUUGGUCGCCCAAGGGGACAGCGUAUAUGACAUAAUCGACCCGGCAGACCAUUUUAUUAUGAGAAGUAACCUGGUGCCUCCGACUUCACCUGAGACAGAUCGAUUGUUCCGCUGCCGAUUCAACACCUCCAAGUCGGUACGCAGACAGAGCGCUGGUAACAAGCUUGUUCUGAUCCGAGCUCGCUGUCUGUCACCACCACCUGGGCCCUCCUCGCCGGGAUCCUACUGGACCUCUAAUCCUGUGUAUGUGUGUUUCUGCGCACCUCUGGAUCCUCACCCAACCCGACCUGGCACCUCCACAGAACAGCCUCCGGCCUCGUCCCUGGAGGGCGGCUUCCUCCUACCGUGUUUCCGCUCGCAGCACAGUCGUGACAUGAGAGUACAGGAAGCCCAGGACAGUGUGAUGGCAUACCUCGGGAUGGAUGCAGAAGCUCUGCGCUCUCGUUCCUGGUACAGCCUGUUGCACCCACAGGACCUGACGCAUGCCUCAGCUCAACACUGUAGUCUGUUGAGAGAGGGAGGAGAAGGCAGAGCUGAGAUGGUGGUUCGAGUAGAAGCCGCAGAUAACUCCUGGGUCUGGCUCUAUAUGGUCCUGCAGCUGGAGACUGGAGAGAACCCUAUCAGCAGCAACAAUUAUAUCAUCAGUGAGACAGAGGCCUGGUCAGUGAGGCAACAGCUGACCACUGAGGAGACACAGCUCUCUGUGGUGCUAAGUACCAGCACUAGUACCUCACAACAAGAUCCCACAAGUUUGCAAAGUCCGGAGACCCUCUCCAGCCCCGACCAAGUCUUCACACCCGGAAGCAGCGGCCUCUCGGGUCAAUCGUUCGACUUCAGCACAACAGUGUGCAGCACUGGCUCUGCAGAAGAGCAAGGUGCCAGCUCCUCAAUGGAAACCAUGGCAUUGGAGAGUGGUCCACGGUCCAGUCUCUCCUCUCUGGAGGAGGAGACCUUCUUCCAGCAGCCACCUGGCGAAACAAUCGACAGGCCUUCAGCUGCUUCAUCCCCUGUUACUGUUGCCACAGUGUCAGACUUGGACUUCCUCACCCAGAACAUAUUGCUUCCACCUGCUUUCCAGGUAGAUCCCCCACUACCUGCACUCCCCCUUCCUCUACCACCGGUGCCUACCACGCAGGCACAGCAAACCAAGGAGUUUGUGUGCACACCUCCAUACACACCUCAGCUGGGAGGCAGCAGCUUCCCCUUUGGGGAACCCCUCUUCAGCUUUGACCCCACCGGUGCCACCACACCACCACCACUUGCCCCAACUGCUACAGUCACGACUACAGUCGCUCCUUCUCUUUCCCCAUCUGCACCCUCAAACCCACAAGGCAGCCCUCCUCCUCCAACCACCACACUCUCCACCCUCCUGCCACUCACUCUGCAAACUCCAUCCACAGACAUUCUCUUCCCCGCAGAGCCUUGCAGCAGUUCACUCUAUGAGAAGCUUCCUCCCACCCCAGACAGUCCAGGAGAUGGGGAUUGCACCAUCAUGACACUGCCUGAGGUUCGUGGUCCACUCUACGUUGAUGUCCCUCACGGGCCACUCCCAUACCCACCUGAAGGCCUGCUCACACCUGAAGCCUCACCUGGAAAACAGCCCACCUUGUCUUUCUUCUCUCUAGACAGAGAAAAAGAACGAACAGAAAUCUCCCUUUUAGCGCAGCACAUAAGCACACUAGCUGAGGGCUUCUACCUGGACCCUCUUCUCUCCAAGCUUCUGCCCUCUUCCAUCUCUCCUCGAGCUCCCUCCCCCUCUCUGGACUCAGUAGGCCUGGAAACGAUCUCACUUUUGGGUGAAAUCUACCCGGUCAAAUCCUGGAGAGGCCUAGACUUGCCCAUCUUCCCAGACGACGACUCUCUGUUUGAAGAGAGUGUCUUAGAAACCCUCCUUAAAGACCUCUCCUCACCAUCGCUCUCUCCCACCCCGUCUUCUCCCUCCAGUCCUCCCUGUUCCCCACUGACUCCUGAGUGCUGGUGUCCACCCCUGCACUUUGAUGGGGUCUCUGCCGUGAGUGCCGGCCACUUCUGUAGCGUCCAAUCGGCGCACUGUAACCACGCGGCCGGGUGCGGGGCUAUGAUGUCGCCGCUCAAUGUAGGCGACAUGACGGAUGGGAAGGUGGCAGGCGAAGUUGCAAUGGAGACAGAGGUAGCGUCAUCGCCACUGUCUACCGGUAUCCCAGCGUCACCACCGCUGCAACUGACAGCCUCGCCCGUCUCUCCAGUGCCUGUCUCCUCACCCGUCAGCCUCGCAUCGCCUGGCCUGCCCUGCGCCCAGUCCCUCCUCGAGGAGCUGGCCGCCCUGGAACCCACGUUUGGGGCAGGUGCCUCGAUCGCCCCUGGCCUGGGGCAACAACCUGAGUUGUAUCAACUCCAAAGUCACCUGCCGCAACAGUGCUUCCACAAAGAUGGGAGUGGAAGUGAUCCUCCGUUCUAAAAUAAGUCUGUGACUUACUUCAUUAAGUAUGGCAUAUUGUCAUAUUUCAUGGAGCUACUUUUACUGAAAAGUGAAAAUUAUAUGUAUAAAUAUAUACAUAAUGUAUAUAAAGCCAAAAAGACUUGAACUUCCUCAUAUCCACUGAGAAAAUUCAUUCAUAUUUUGUUCAUGUAUUUAUCCAUGAAUUUAUAUGUCUAUAAUGGUGCAACAUCUCAACAAUGAUGCAAUAUUCUAGCGUGUGAACCGCGCCAAGUCGUGAAAAGUCUUGGUUGAGGUCAGUUUUUUGUCUCUGCUUUACUGUUAACAUGAGCUUUUUAUCAGAGAAUACGAUCUCUGACUUCGUAAGCGCAACUCGACUUGCAUUUGUAUUCACUCGUAGUGAAAAUACUCUGUCGUGAACUGUUGUGAAGACACGAGAAAAACAAACAAACGUGUCUUCACAUUUCAAUAAGAUUACAAACAAACAGCUUACAGCUCAACGCUUGUAAUGGCAGCCUCAUACACAUAAUGCCCAAUGUGUGGAUCCACUUUAUAUCCUACAGUUAUAUACAAUAACAUACAAUAUGAUUCCUACAUGCAAUGUAGGUCAAUCUUCAGAAUCUUCAGAAUAUUUUGGAAUUUAAAAACAUAACAUGCUCUUUCUUUAGUAGAGUUAUUUCUUUGUGAAUGCUGUAACUUACAAUGCAAAAACGGAUGAUUUUAGACAUGGCUUGAAUGCAUAUCCAGAAUACAUUGAGCUUUGGGUUUGCGGCUGCCAUGAGUUAGUUCUCUUUUCCGAUGUGUGUGUUCAAUCAGUGUGCUGUACAAAUGUUUCUUUAAUCUGUGAACAAAUCCCAGUUUGUGUGUGAGGAGAAGUCAAUCAAGUUUUCCAGUAUUCUUCAACUGGUCCAGUUGUUGGAGGACCAGUGGCUGACACCAUCUGGAGAAGAAGCUACCAACUUGGAGAAGAUACACACACUCUGGUGGACUGACAACUUGGUCAGCCUGUGAUAAAUGGCUGCUUGGUUUAGCCAUUUUUACGGGCAAGGCCAGACAAGGCUAAUGCACUGGACAUUUUUGCAGCAUCAAUAUUUGUAAUGCUUGCAAUCUAUCUACUUAGCAAUCUCUGUUGUUGCGUUGCUCUCGAAGUGCUUGGCUCAAGCGAGGCUUGCUGAACUCAGCCGGGCAGCAUCUUCACUUUAUACAGUGAAUACCACGGUGACAUCGUAACAUUUACUGCGUGCGGUGUAGAGUGGUGAAAACGACUGUGUGAAUGGCCAAUUCUUCUUUUUUGAGAGGGGUUUUUAAAAAGACAGGAAAUCAAUGUGAAGUUUUGUUUUAAAAAAUGAAGCGGACAAAAUAGGGAUGAGGUACUAUUUCUAUUGAGUUAUUAUUAUAUAUUAUUAGUCGACGUGGGUUCUACGCCCAUGGUGUCGACAGACGUGCUAACGUAGAGUUGUCUACGGUCAAGUAAAGGAUUGAUUCCUACGUUCUACCUAUUUACAUGCUAAGUUUAAGUAAAUAAAAACAUACAAAAAGGUAUUAUACAGUAUGUGUGCUGUUAUACAGAAUGAAUGUUUGGUGCUCAUGCCUCUAGAUAGGCGUGCGCCGAGGUUUCAGUUUGAUAUGAGGGUGUACACAUUUGUACAUUUGUACAAAAAACUGCUAGAUCUGUACAUAUCAGAGACAUUUUUAUUGUAUACGAUGACAGAAAAAACAAACAUACUUUGACAUAUACUAUCUAUGAAGAAUGGACAUUGUGGAUCAGUGUUCUUUUGUGUCGCUGAUAAGUGUAUUUGGUUGUCAAAAACAAAUGCAUUUAUAUUAAAGUGCACUUAAAGAUGAA